UGAAACUCUGUUUUUUUUUUUUUUAAAAGUUUGUGCUGUGGGUGUGAUUACUAAUUACUUUUUCUCCGGGUAAAUACUCCAACAUUUUAAGAAUAAGGUGAGGUGGUGAACAAUUAGUAACUAAGCAGACGCUGCCGGUCAUGAUGGAACGCUUGAAGAUUCUUGGUUUUGUGGCUUUGGCCGCAUUCUUGGUGGCUGCAAAUGCCCGCGAAGAGGAAGGCCCGUGUGAGGACGACGAUUUUGAUAUCGAAUCUGCAAAAAUAAACUAUGAUCCCAUGACAUCCAGAUUAGCUCCUUCUCGAGUUGAAAGGCAACUCCAAUUAAAUGACCCCGCCUACCAGCCUCGACAGUCAUACGAUUUGAAGAAAGAAGAAUUGGAUGAAAUUAGAAAAGAGAAAAUGUACCCGUUUUACGAUAAAGACGCGUACGGGAAAAGUGGCGAUCUCGUGAGGGAGAUCAACGACAACAGCGCCCAAGUUCAGAAGCAACUUAAUUUCUUGCUUCCUUUCUUUGGUUUCGGGUUUAAUUACACAUGGCUUUCUAUUCACGGUUUCCUCGGCUUCAGUGACUCCAUGGGAUCAUCUCCUAUGCCACCGCUACAGUUUCCAGUUCAAACCUGGCCCACAGAUAACGAUCCGUCGUUUAUCAGUCCUUUCUACAGUCGCUGUCGUAUUGGCAGAGUGAAGGAGAGCGAUCAAGAUAAGAGGACACCUGGUGUUUACUUUCGGUUAGAGCGUGAUUUACCCGCUAGAUUCGAUGAAGCAGGUGUUAAAAUGAGAGAGAGAAUUAAGUGGGACAUUCGGGAGGCCAUUGUUGGAUCCGAAAACUUUUUCCCGAAACACGCCAUUAUUGCCACCUGGAAAAAUGUCAGCUUUGUUGGUGGAUUUAACGCAUUGGAAAACACAAACACCUUCCAAAUCAUCAUUGUUACGGACGAAGUUCGUACCUACGCCAUGUUUAAUUACGCCCACCUUGGUUGGACUACGCAUGCUGAAGCCGGAGGCGACACUAACACUGGCCAAGGAGGUGUCCCAGCUUUUGUCGGUUUCAACGCCGGAAAUGGAACUAAAGCUUACGAAUACAAACCUUACUCGCAAGACAUGAGAAUUCGCGACCUUACAUACAAAGGGUACGCUAACCGAAUCCCCGGACGCCAUGUUUUCCGAAUCGACGAACGUGUCAUGAGUGGAAAUUGCUUUGACGAUGAAACUGUUUACACGUCCCAGCCUCUGGUUUUUGCUCCAGAAAGUGGCAAUAUGAUGGGUGGUAUGAUGGUCAACGUGACUGGACCUUGUUUCAGCCCUGAUCGCCGUAUCAUUUGCCGUUUUGAUACGCAAGAUGUCGUUGGAAAGUACAUUGACCAAAAUCGAGCCGUCUGCAUCAUGCCCAGGGUUUACGCCACUGGCUACGUCGACUUGACUAUCUCCAUCGAUGGCGGCAACUUCAACUGGAAGGGACGUUUUUAUGUUGAAUCUCCUACACAGGCACCUGAGAUGGUUUGGUUCCAAACGGAAACUUUCCACGAGUUGAAUCCACCUGAGCUCCGACUGCGUUGGGACAAGACUAACUUGACUGUCGAUGAAUCAGCCAAAGUCCGUAUAUCUGUGUGGGGCUACCGUGAAGAUACAGUCAUCCCGAAAAUGGAAUACAUUGACAUGUUGGCGGAUGGUGUAAUCAACAAUGGUGACAUGAAAAUUUAUCCACUGGAUUUUGCGAAUCGUGACAACGGUCCUAACCUUCGGCAAUAUACGUUUGGUUUCGUUCAAAUAAAUUUGACUGUAUAUGACCCCAAAGUUGGCAUGUCUCCAAUCCUAUGGAGUCGCCCAAUUCCGCUCGGUUGGUACUUCAGUCCUCAAUGGAAACGAUUCGAUGGGGACAAAUGGGCCCACGAUCGUUGUACUAAUUGGAUUGAGUACGACCGGCAAAUGCGACCAUUCACCUACGAGUUACCUAUUUGUCCCUGUAUGAUGCACCAAGCUGCGUCUGACAAAGGACGGUAUGUCCCCGAUUUUGAAUGUGAUCGCUUCGGCAAUGCACAAUGCUAUUAUCAUCAAGGUGCCUCGAUGUGUUACCGAACAGGGCUCUCCAGUCGAGAUGGUGCUGGCCAACAAUGUUGUUACGACAAGGACGGCUUGCUCAUGAUGACGUCAGACAACAAAUGGGGCGGAAAUCCUGGACGAUCCCACAAUUUAGGCUUGAUGCCUUGGAAUGAGGCCGGCAAAGUACCUAGUCUUUCCCAUUGGCAAAUGGACGUCACCCCGUUUUACACCUGUUGUCUUUGGCAAGAUGAAACCAGCGAAGAUUGUGAAGUUUAUCGUUUCGAACGUCGUGCCUCGCAGGACUGCGUCGGCUAUCAACCACCUGGCGCUGCUGCCGUUUUCGGAGAUCCUCAUUUCUACACGUUUGACAACAUGACAUACACCUUCAAUGGAAAAGGCGAAUUUGUUCUUGUCCGAGCAGACACUGUCCGUCACAAGCUCGACGUCCAGGCCCGAUUUGAAGCAAUUCCCAACAACGUUUAUGGUACAGCCCGUGCAACAGUCCUUACUGCAGUCGCAGCCCAAGAGAACACGUCUGUCGUCGUGGAAGUUCGAAUUCGGCCCCCCUACGCUCAAUGGCGGUAUCGCUUAGACGUCAUUGUCGAUCAGCGUUACGUUUAUUUUGACACUUUCAGUCGCCACGUCCAAAACUUCAAAGGUGUGACGGUGUAUACUCCUACGUCGAUUUUGAACCAGAGUCAUGUGGUCAUCAUGUUCCAGUCAGGUGCAGGUGUGGAAGUUGUUGAGAAUAAUCGUCACAUGUCAGCCCGCGUAUAUCUGCCCCUCAGCUACAUGAAUCAAACAAGAGGACUUUUCGGCAACUGGUCCACUGACCUUUACGAUGAUUUCACCUUACCAGACGGCACUCCCGGCCCAUCGCUUGAUAUUAACAACUUGGAAAGUCUUCACAAUUCCUUUGGAAUGAAAUGGGCGGUGGAUGACAAAUUCGACCCUUAUAAAGGCAAGAGUUUGUUUUACCACGAAAAUGGUCGUUCUUCAAACUUUUUCUACGAUGCAUCAUUCCAGCCUAUUUUCGACGUCCGACCCUUACUACCGGCCAAUUAUUCGAGUUUGAACUCGACUCAGAUCGAGCAAACCUGUGGUAACUCUUACCAGUGUUACUAUGAUUACGCAGUGACUUUGAACCGCCAGUAUGCUACUUACGCCAAAUAUUAUUUGGAUGAAAUCGUCAACAUCAAAUCGAAUAACUUGAAAUACGUGAUUUCGUGUGGCGCCUUGCCAGCUCCUAAAAACGGCCGCAAGAGUACAUUUGCUUACACCCCCGGUACUUUCGUCAAGUUCGAUUGCGAUCCUGGUUAUGUUAUGGUUGGAGAGGAUCGGCGUUGGUGCUAUGCAUCUGCCGAGUGGAAUUGGGCUCUUUGGGGAGACGCUCAAUGCAUACCUGAAAAGGAGUACGAAGCUACAAAAGCUGGAAUCAUCGCCGGCAUUGUGUUGGCUGUGCUUGUUCCACUCAUGAUCCUCGCCUACUGCUGCUUCCGUCGACAGCGCCGUAAUCACAAGAAAGGCUUAGAGAACAAGACUCUAAAAAUGUUAACUACCUCACGCCAUCACUCAUUGAACGACACUUCGGGCCACGGCCUCACCAUUUCUGCCAAAGGCUCAGCACCUGCUCAUGUCGAAUCCGGUUGGAAGACGAAAGAAAGUAGCAGCACGAGUCCGUUUAGUUCGGGAAUCGGCUCGAUUCGAUCAUCGCCACCUGAUGAAGAAAGGAAAACAAAUGCAAGUACCGUUUCGACUUUCGAUCGUGGCAGUAGCCUGAGCAGCACGUCCAGUGCCGUUAAAGUCAGUCCAACUGAAAGCUCGUCCAGCGGAAGCAACAGUAGCAGAAAUCGGGAAUCAGCGCCACCUAGCGUCGGUUCGAAAACCAAUCAUCAGCGCUAUGACGGUGUUUAUUAUACGCACGAACCGAUCAGAGGUGCCCCAGUAAUAGAAUUCGUUGACGACGACAUGGAUGUAGAAAUCAAUCAUCGAAAUACGGAAGUGUAAACAAAAUACCAGUCGAAUGCAAAUCGCACGUAGUAAACUGAAGAACCCUCAACGGCAAUUGAUUAACGAACAACAGACAUUUUUGUACAACAUUAAGAUACCAUCGCUAGAAACGCUAUUUUUUCCCCACAUCCAAGGUAGAACGUUAUCAUUUUUUACACAAGUUCGACGCAAAUGAUGAAUAACUUUAUGAAAAAAUUCGUGAAAGUCAUUGAAUUUCCAUCAGCCGUUCGUUAAGUCUGUACUAACAACGUCUCAUUUUCACCUUACGAAUGGAAAAAAUACAUUGAUCAUCAUUCAAGAA